AGCCCCGUUGCACGUCGGGAAACGAAACAUGUACGUACGUCGUACAACAGGCAUAAAAAAUUGAGUGCCGAUUGGUUUUAGGUGGCCGUCGCGGUCGCGUCUUGCUGAGUGUGAAGCGAGGGCGCGUGUUCCUUGGGCAGAGUAAGGAGUGCCCGUGGAGGAGAUUCACCGACUAGGCGAGGACGGCUGAGGCGAAGCAAGGAGGACGUCCUUCCUCCUGGGACGCUCGCCAAUUCGGACAGAGCUUUGGGAGCAGGAGUCCGAGGAAUCCUUUACGACCGACGAGAGGUGCAUCGGUUCUUUGGUGCGUCCAGUCUUCGUUAUUCCGCUUUAGGGCUCAGACGCACUCCGGUGGUCUCGAUAGCUUCGACAGGACCACGGCUUACGAGGAGUGCAAGGCAAGAUCCUGCUUUCCCGCGAAACCGCCUCUCGCCCCCCUGGCCGUUUUCGUGGAGUGUGGUCUUGCUCCAGGGGAAGCCGGCACAUCAGCAAAAAUCAAAUUUCUCAGUGCAUCGUAAAAGACUCGAUGAGAAACCUCGAUCGUUCCGUGUUGACAACGCCAGGUUGAGCAAUGCAACAUUCUGGGAGUCAGGGUUAGUGUGUUUCUUGCGUUUACUUGCCAGGGCAUAGUGACCAAACUGUGAGGAUUGUGUUGAGGUUGGUGCGAGGAGCAACAGUUGAUAGUUUUAGAAAUGUCAACAUAAGAAUCAUCUGUGUUUUAUAGCAUAUACGAGCUGAACAAAAUUUUGAGUGAAUCGGAAAUUACGAUGAAUAAUUGAACUAGAUGCAAGAGUUUAGGGCAUGGUGAAUAGAGUACAAGGAUGAUGCGAUAAGUGUUGAAUGAGAUGCAACGACGAUUAGCUUUGAAGAUGACAACGUCGAGGUGCCAAGUGUUAUAAAGCACAGAAUUAGCAGCGCAUCGAUACCAUUGACUAUCGGUUGACGAGACUGGAUUUCUUCAUGGAGGGAAAUAAUGAUUAAAUUGUGUUGUCAUACUUUUUUUUUUUUAAAUUAAGAAUCAAAGAUUUAUAUGAAUUACUUUCAAGAUAAGGAAAUUGCAAAAAGAUUACUUGUUAAUCAAGUAUUGAUUUUAUAUGUACAAUUGUAUAGUCAAUUUUCUCAUUUAUUACGGAGUCUAAAUAUUUUACAUUGCAUUUUCAAUAUAUUUUCAUAGUACGAUGGUGAAGUGAAGAAGACUCACUCGUUUAAGGAAUCAAUAAUGGGUAUUGGAUAGCUUUCUGGUUUUAUUGAUAAUGAAAAAUGUAUAACUGGUUAAUAUUUUAGAUACCAACAUAUGAACAAGAUAAAGGUUCUCCUUGCUUAAUUUAUAAGGGGUAAACGCGCUUUUAUAUGUAAGCCUGACUAAGAACCUAGUCAAGAUGUGUGAACAAACAGAAAUCAACUAUUUGGACGGGGAUAUUGUUUGGGUUAAGCUCAGUGGUUGUUGGUGGCCCGGUCAAGUCACCAGCCUUAAUAAUUUAUCCGAAGACAUUCGGUCGGAGUUUAGAAAGAAACCAUUGAUAGCAGUCGUCAAGUUCUUUCAAGAGGAUACAUAUGAAUUUGUCAAGAAUUAUCAACAGAUUUACAAAUAUAAUUGUACGCUGAAAGAUGAUUUCAUAAAAAAAGGCCUAGAUAAAUACAGAACUAAGAGCAAAGAUGGCUCAACAUAUAUGAACAAAUUUCCUGGAGAUGUGGAAAUGGCUGAAAAAUUAACUGGAGGAGACCCAGACAUUUUACGCAGCGAAAGAUUCAGUCCUGAGGAGAAACCUGAUAUUUCUGCUCUUUUUGGCGAAAAGAAACUACCUAAGAAAAAACGAGAUACCGAUGGCAAUCAUAGACGUAGUGACGGCGGUGAAAUGCAAAGAAAAAUAACGCACCCUCGAUUCUUACGGGAAAGUGAUCAUGAAAUUCGAAUUCGUCAACAACCAAGCAGUCUACCAUCGACUCCUAAUAAUAGUUCCCCACUUUAUCCUUGUCAUCUAUGUAGUUUCACAUCUUCUCGAGUGAACGUUAUAAUUUGUCAUAUAAAGAGUCAUAGAUCAGGCAAUUCACCAGUGGCAAGGACGAAAGUGAAGACUUACUCGCAGUCGAGAACCAAAGUUUCUGAUUUAGAUACACCAAAAAGGAAAAAUGUUAAAAAAGAGAAGUCGUAUUCACAUAAGAAUAGGAGUGAAGGAAAUUCGGAGCCAAGGAAAAGAAAACCAGUGAAGCAAGUUGAUAAGUCUAGUAAGAAGAAGAAGACUGAUCCGGAAAUUCGUGAGAAAUUGUUGGCUGAUUGGGAUGAUGGAUCUGAUGAGGAUGCAGGUUUAGAUGACACAAAACCAUUGUUAUACGACUCAACGUACGGGAAUCCUCCUGCAAAGUACAGAGCUAACGUAGAUGAUUUGGACGAUAGUUCUAUGAACAAGGAUAAAGAUAUCGAAGAUAGCAUUGAUAUAAUUCAAGGUGCAGAGCGAUUACUCAGAGAAACUGAACAAUUAUCAGCUCUCCACGCGAUGGAAAACUCACUAUCUGGAAAAGCUCGUAGUUCCAGUAACAAAUUAUUGGACCAGUCUGAUAAUAAAUUCGACUCAAGCACUGAAUUGUUACCAAGAAAAAAUAUAUCAUUACGAGUUAAUGAUGAGAAACAAACGACGAAUGACAGAAAAAAAGAGGAAAAUCAAAAAGACCAGAAAAUGUCACACGAUAAGGAUGACAAGAAGUCAAAAUUAUCUUGCUUUGAUUUUGAUGAAGAUGAUUUGCCCGAACCGGCAUUACCACCUGUUCGAAAGAUCCCUAGACUCUUUGGUGAAAAGAACUUGAAGAAGGAAAUUAUCAAGGAAUUUGAAAUGAGUCAGGCGUUAAAAAAUGAGCAGGAAAAGGAAACGUUAACCGAAAGAGAAAGGAAUCUGAGGAAUGAAAUGGUUAUUGAGGUAGUAUUAGGCACAGAAGCUAAGAAAUUUGAUGUUAAGAAUAAAGAAAGCGACAAUACCUCACAAAUAGCUAAAAUUGAUGGUGACGAUAUUAAGAUUACUGAUAAAAUUGAAGAAACCAUUUCUUUAACAAAUGAAGAAACGCAGAAAUCCAAUGCCAAUAUUUGCGAAACAGAGGUAGAGAUUGUAGAAAUAUUCGAAGUUGAAAGAGAGGAAGAAGCUGAGGUGGAACGUAGUAUAAGUGAUACUAAGGAUUCUGAAAAAGAAAUUUCAACUAAAACAGUACAGGAGUUAAACGAUACGGUUAUUCAAAAGUUUACGGACAAACCCAUUGAAGCUCAACCCGAAAACUCUACACCCAAACAAACGAAAACAGUGGACAGUAUUCUACAAGAGACUAUUUCAGAGCCUGUAUUAAUGGACAGCGAAGAACUUUUCGAAAAGGAACCAUUUUCUGACAAGAUUGAAAUUGAGACUGAAGAUGAAACAGUUUCUGAGUCGGCUGAAACCGUGCUCGGUCACAGUGAGAAUUCUGACACUGAUGGAACCCUGCCUAGAGCUGGAAUGAGCCAAUCAGGUGAUACUGAUGUAGACAAUGCUUCAAUUGUGAGUACUGAAACGAAAAGUAAGGAAGGUUCGUUGGCAGAAGUAGAGGAUGAGACGGAAAAAAGAACUGUUAAAAGGCGUCGUGGCAGACCAAAGAAGUCAAUCGAUAAUAGACUCAUCGAAAAUCGAGACAUUUCUUCGAAAAGAUCAUUGGAAUUGAAUAAAAGUCUUGAGGUCUUAGAAAAAUCCGAGAGAGUAACUUCCGAAUCGGAUACGGAACGUUCACUGAGUGGUAGAAGAAGAAAGCCUAAUAAGAAGUAUUUGGAGUCUGACAUCUAUAUGCACGAUCAGAAAGCAGCAUACAAAACUGAUGAGAGCCAGUCAGAGACCGAUGAUAAAUCUCAAAAAGGUGAGGAGACUCCCAAGCCAUCGAGAGGUAAGCUUCGAAGAGGUAAAAGAUCAUAUGGCUUCAGAAAGAAAUCUGCAGCCUUAAAAGAGGAAAUUGGUGACUAUUUUGAGUCUCAAGAUAAGUCAUUGGGAGGUACCGAUGAAACAUCUAGCAUGUCGACAGGGGAAGAAAAGUACUAUGAUGAAGAGACUAAAUCUUCUAGUACAAAAGUUUCUCUAGAACGCGAUAAAAAACAGUCUGAUAUAGCUAUUCCAGAAUCGCCAAUGGGUCGGGUAGAAACGUUUCAGGGGAUAACGAAACUGUCAUCAGUUUAUAAUGAGGUGGUAAACGAAGUUAAACUUGAAACCAAAACUAGUAUACCUGAAGGGCAACCUAUUACUGAAAAGGAAAUUAAAGAAGGAGAACAGGAAAGAAACGAUUUGAAAACUAACGAACGAGUUGAGAAUAAUACAGAGGAAAAUGAACCCUUUCGGCAAUUAGAAGUAAUAAAGACCUCUGUAGAUAUGCUUCCUCCAAAGAAGUCUCAGAUUAAGAAAUUUGAACUUUCACAGCUUGAUUUCUUCGACAAUGACCCUCCAAACAAGAAUGCUUUGCAACCUGCUGCAGAGAGUAGAAUUGAUAAUUUAGCGGGUAUUGAAAUAGAAAUUACCAGAGUUGAUCCAAACGAAGGUAUGUUGGAUACACUGAUGGCAACACACAAUAAAAGUAAAGAGACUGCUAUGGAACCUGAUGCGAUUACCAAAAGUUUAGAGGAACAACUUAGAAUUGAAGAAGUAAUAGGGUUUGCUACGCCCGAAGAAAAAUCUGCAGUCCAAGCAGAAGUUACUAUGGAUGUAGAAUCAGAAACUAGUGUACAAAUUGAAGUACCUGUACACGAAAAAGUUGAAGUUCCUCCUUCCGUGGAAGAACUAGCGAAAGAUAUAGUAAAUAGCGAAAUUGAAGUUGAAGCUUCUCUGAAAAAAUCUGAAGAAGCUGCGAAUGAACCCUCUCAAAAAAGUGCAACUUUAAAAAUAAAACAGAAGGGAAAGUUUCUCACUGAGGCUGAAUUGAAGAAAGAUCAGGAUGGCAAUUCUCAAGAAAAACCAAUUAAUACAUUCCAAGAAGCUUUUCUGAAAACAUUACAAAUGGAUAAGCGAGGUAAGAAAGCAGGUACGGAAAAUGCAGAAUCGGUAACUGGUCGGGGAAAAAAUAAGAAAGUCGUAAUGCAGCAGUUAACUGAUGGAAUGGAUAAUGCUAACAUUACAGGGCAAACAGAAGAUACUACAGAGGGUGUGGAAAUAGAGAAAUUGGGUAAGGGUAUUAUUAUAACCGAAACUGCGAGCGAGGACCAACGCACCGUCACGGAAAUCGCUGGCAUGACUGAAUUUGAAGGAGUUGAGGUAGUUGUAGAAGAGAACAUAGCGGUAGAGACGAAGCUAGAUAACACCGUUUUUCAAGAUUCUGCACAAAUGACCCAAGAUGUUGGAAUCGUUUUGCAAAAACAAGAUCAGAUGCCUGAGGUGGAUGAACGCUUUAAACCAUUGACGUUGGAAAAACUGGACGAGACUUCAAGACUGUCAAUGUCAACACCAUCCCCGACGUCUGAAAUCGGAGUACCUGUUAAAAAACGGGAAAAACCAAGAAUAAUAGAAAAUGUCACUUUAAAAGAACCGAUGCAGAUCUUGAAGACAAAACUGUUAGAGAAAUUGCCUCCGAAAGGUACAAAACACAAGCUGGAGAGUGAAACUCUAAAAAAGGGAGAUUCUAAAGGUAGUUCGAGAGCCAAAGUUAUGAAGUUGGACUCUACAUCGCCGAACAGUAAGCCAAAAACACCCUUAAAAAGCUCUGGUAAUAUGUCUUUGACGCAGAAGUUACAAGCACUGAAAGCAGAAGAGGCAGCUACGGCAGCUGCUAUGGAGGUUCAGAAUGAGAAGGUAAUUCCUCAAACUGGACGGACCAUCUCAGCGGUUCCAAUACCCACUUUAACGGAGAAGUAUAUUCAGCAGAGUUCACAGAGUCUAGCAGACAUGGACUUGGACAUUAACUCCAUGCCCUUUGUCCUCAGUGAAGAUGUUCUCACUCCAGAAAGCAUAGAGCAGAUGCCCGUAGUGAUACCAGGUCACAUCAUACCAACAGCAAGCACUAUUACUACCCCUUUGACAUUGACUCCUGCGAGUCAAAUAGUCGCAACUAAUCAGUCUCAAUUUAAAGUCAGUGAUAGUUCUUCUGAUCCACAUCCUACGCCAUCCAAAAAGAAAAGCGGCACUCCCACGAUUCUGAAAAAUAAAGGUAAAGCAAAGCCAACCAUUACCAGUAUUAAGACAUUGGUGCCUCCGUUGACAGGUGGAGUGAAGGGAUUGAAGUUCCAAAAUACUCAAGCAGGGAAAAGCUCGCCUCUUUUAUCACAGAAAGGAAAUCCUGGCAAGUAUGUUAUCGUUCAGACUGCAGGAGGUCAACAGUUGCGAUACAGUGUUCAGGGAAAACCAGGAACGCAGCAGAAAAUAGCGAUACCAGCAGGGAAGGGAACGCCAGGCAGUGCUCAGAUAGUUCAUCAGGGUGGCAAGGUAGUCAUCCUAACAUCUGCGCAGUCUGGUCAGACCAAGAUGUUGCCCUUGAAUAUUUCCAAGUCGUUAAGUGGUAAAGUUCAGAGAGUGAUGACGAGCAAAGGACAGAUAUUCUCACCUAUAAGUCCUCAGGGGCUAGUGCAAUCGAAAACGGUAAUAGCGCCAAAAACCGAAGGAUCUGCGUCAGCGACCACUUCCAAGGUUGCUUCGAGCCAAAAAAUCAUUAAUGCCCAAGGUAUAAUUACUUCUAAGGGUGUACUGACUCCGAUCCAGGGAACCAUAAGUAAGUCAGCUCUGCUAAGCUCGCUGUCUCAGGGUCUCCUGACCAAAAGUGGAUUGUACACACCGAUAAGUGCCUCACCCUUAGCUGGGAAGACUAUCAUAGGAUCGAAGACCUUGGUUACUAAAGGGACAACUAUAUUAUCCCCAUUGGCCACCCAGAAUCUGGUAACAUCUAAGGCUAUUCUUACACCCAUUUCACAGGCCAUUACGGGAAAGACUAUACUCAGCACUCAAGGUAUAGUCAGCUCUAAAGGAACCGUUCUCACCCCUAUUACAGGACAACAAGUCAAAGCGAUCGCAGCAAAAAGUCCUAGUAAAGGAGGAAAAAUCCAGUACCAGACAGUGCAACAGAAAAUGCAGUUACCGAUGUUGCAGAAGUGCCAGAAAAUACCGAUUUCUUCGUCUCAGGUGAGAGUUACAGGGACGACGGUCAAGUCACCUCAAGGAGGUACCAUAGUUUUUCAAAAUACGGUGCCAGGUCAAAAGACCAUUCUUCAAGGCAAAAAAGCUACAAAGCAUACCCUAACUCAACAGACAGUCGCCGUAGCGAGCUUAUCUCCGCAAGUUGGAGUUCAACAGGCAGCCAGUUCCAUUCCUCAAGGUCAACUAAAAAGCAAGGUCCUUUCGACAACUUCUGCUGUUCAGAAGGUGGUAUUAUCCAAAGGUUCAGGACGUCAACAGAAGGCUCAACAAAAGAUCGUCGUACAGAAAAUGCACCAGGAGUCAGUACCGUCCAGUCCACAUACCGUUCAGACUAAACCUGCAGGGAACGUCGCUUCCCUGAAUGUCUGUCCAGUGACCAAACCAGGUGCUCAGCAUCGACAGUUGACAAGUAAUAGUACAAAGUUACAGAAAGGCGGUAAGAACGUACAACAGCAGAAAACUCUUAUGAAUAUGGCCUUGAAUACUGUGGCGACCACCCCCAUGAUUGCCAACUUAGGAUCUCAGUUACCUUUGCCCCCUUUGGAGCCCAUCGAACCUGAGAAGAAGGCUGAGAUCUUUGAGGAUGUUGUUCCUAAGGAAGAAUUCAAACCUGAGACGCAUCUCGUGGAAACGUCCAAUGAAGCGAACUCGGAAAAGAUAGAUGAGCCUAAAGUGACCGCACAGCCCCAAAUUAUGGCAUUGCCUACGGAGAGCAGUGAUGGGACCCAGACCUAUGUUCUUGUUACUAUAGACGAUCAAGGUCAAAUACAACCCCUGGACAAUAACACCUUGAUGUCCUUAGAAGGUACCACGCAAAAUCCCGACGGUACUCGAACACUUUACAUCGACCCCAGUUCAUUAGGAGAAACUGGUGGCAUUGACAAUAUUGUAUUACAAUUUGACAAUGGUUGUAUGUCCAAUAUGCAAUCCAGUGUGGGCGAGAACCCGUCCGCCGUCAUCACUGAGAGUUUCCCGACUCCGGAGGUAAUACAUACCUCGAAUCAGGACAUCCUGGCUGCUGCUCUAGCAAACACGGAUUUCCAACAGGAAAUCGGAUUACCUGAAAACUCAACAGCCAGCGUUAUGAGCACCGGACUCACGCAGACCAAUUUAAUUAAUCAGACCAUCCUGCAGUCAACCAUCAUUCCUCCUACAGAGCCGAUUUCCUCACCCUCGGUGCUGGAGACUUCGUUGACUUUGAACCAGCCGAUUAUGACUCCUUUAGAGGUACCAACCAGCCUCCCUAUCCAAGAACCUACGAGAACUUCGGUGGUACCGACAAUUCCGUCUUCACUGGAGCUUCCCAUUACCAUCGCCAGCUCCACAAUAUCGUAUAUUUCUGCAAGUGAAGCGCAGAUCCAGAUUCCUGGAAAUUCAAUGCCCGACAUUGGCGAGAUCAUGGAGAGUCCAACCUCAGAGGUGACCCAGGCGGAAAUUCCGGCCAGUACGCAGUACCUGGUAAUACCAAACCUUGAGGAGAACAUAACCAUUGAAACACAGGAUAUUAGGACAUCUACCGAGUCUGUACCUAGUGUAUCUUAUGCCGUCUCUAUCCCUGAAAGUAUCGUUCUGGAGGGCUCUCAGGUGCAAACAACUCCUUCCAUGCCGAUCAUUGACGACACCUUCACAGAAGAGACCCAAUUCUCCGCUCAAAUGAAACCUGAGAUGAGUAGCGACCAGAGCUUUGUGGAUGUCUCCGUUUCAGAAAUGCUCGUUUCCAAAGUUUCGACGAAUUCGACGGAGAGUAAUGCUAUUUUGGAAAUGACCGUUAAUCACGAGGCACCGACGUCCUCCCAGAAGACCCUAGAAAUUUCGGAGAAGAUAGCAGAAGUGGUGAACAAAGUGCAGGAGAUCCAGCAGGAAUACCCUCAGGAAAUCUCAAUAACGACGGAAGAGUUUGAUGGAUUGCGAAAGGACGCCGCCCAAGAGGAGGUACCAGUAUCGGCCCCCGUUUCGCAAGAGCCUCUCGUUCAGGAGACUUCUGAGAUGAACAUUCAUAACGUCCAUCCAACCGAGUCGUCGACGAGUGGUUUACCAAUCAUUGGAGAUUCCUGUAUGGUAACUUCAGAAUUAAUUUCCGAGAUUCAGUUGACGGAGACCUCGAGCUUUGAGGUAAGUGACUCGAGCCAGGUUCAAGAGGCCAUGUCCCAGGAAGCCGAAUCCGCGAACCAGGUGGACGAGUCGACGGAGAAAACGAUAGCGGGGGUACCUUGUUGCAUAGUCGAAGAGCAGGCUGCACCCUCUGACCAGGACGAGCAAAACUGUCGAAGUAUGCUUCAUCCUGAGACGAUGGAUAACACCGUAGAGGAGAACAUGGAGGUCGAGACACCCGUCGAGUCAGAGAUCUACACGGCAGCCGACGACUCCCGGGUAUUGGAAGUCACCAGGAGGGAUGAGCCCUCGUCCCAAGGCGGAGUCGCCGAGAUGGAAGUGGCCUCUGAGAACUUUUGCACCGAAACUAGUCAAGAAGUUCCGUCGCAAUCGUACGAGGAGUUCGAGGCCUCGGUGACAAGCGAUUCGGUCGAGGUACCCAGUCAGUCAGCAAACAAGUCGGAAUCUUUGGGUCGGGAGGUGAGUCGGUCCGAGAACGACGAGGUUUUUGUCUCCGAGGAACAACCGACGGCACCGACCCAGUCUUUUGAAGAUGCCAAGAGCAACAGGGCUAGCCAGUCCUACGAUGUCUCCGAAGACGCCCGGACCAACGCGCCCACGCAGUCCUUCAACGAGAUAAUGCAGACCCAAGAAGGAAGGGCUGACGAGACCGCUGACGACCCCAGUUUUCCCACCCAGAGCUACGAGGUCGGUAAGGUGGAAGGUCUGUCCGAGAACAUGGAGAUUGAUCCUGAGAUCAGUCAGGAAGGUAAUAUACCCUCUCAGUCUAAUGACAUCGGGGCCGAUGGUAUAGGCACCUCUUCUGUAUCUACUAACAACUCAGGUGCCAACGAGGACGAGACCGCAAGUUCCUCCUACGUCCCCGAAACUCCGGAAACGCAGGAACGCGAUCAGGACCAGGAGAGCGCCAUCAGCACUUCCUCUUACGAGAUACCGCCCUGCGAGGAGCUUAACAUCGCCUCCUCAAGUGUCAUCCCCGACACCUCGGUCAGAGAGGAGCAUACCAGCAUCCACGACAAUGGGGUACCCGAAAUCCCAACUUCUUCGUACAACCUCAACCCCGAUAGCAGUUCCACUCACGUAGACGCAGUGCCGACUUCCAGUUACGAGGAUCACGUGAUCGUGGAGCAGAACGUCUCCACGUCGUACGAGGUCCCCAUUUCGAUGCCUGGACUUGAAGAGUCGUCUUCGCAGAACUUUGUAACCGAGAGCUCGGAUCACCGUAGAAACGAACCGACCAGUUACUACGGCCACCAUCACCGAGAGGUUACGCCUAGUUACUACGAGUCGAUUCACCGGGAUUCGAAUUCGCGGCUGGAGGCGUCUCCUCAGGAGGAAGUUACUCCCGGGUAUUACGAGGCCAGCGGACGCGAUGUCACCUCGGAGGCGAGUCAAAGCUAUUUCGCGCCUGAGGAAGCCACCCCCAGCUUCUCCAGGAGAAGCGUCUCCCCAGGUUACUAUGAGCCCAGACCUGAGACUGAGGCUAGCCAAAGUUACUACUCGGGUCGAGAGCUGGAACGCGCUGAGAGAUCCUCCACAUCUUCCUCUGGGAACAUUGAGGCCUCCCAAAGCUUUUAUCAGGAGACCGCGGACGACUCGCGACUCGGUCAGAGGGGCGAGGCCACUCCCACUUACUCUGAGAGAUACCCCGUUGACUACACUCUCGCUAACUCCCCCAUCGAGAGGCAUGACCUCGUCGAGAGCUCGGUGCCCGCUCCCCAGGCCACUGAGAGGUAAUACACCGCCCAAUCGAGUGUAAAUUAAUGUCGGCCUUCUCCGAAGCUGAGAGGAGUGCCCUUGUGGUCCCUUUUUCUUCUUCUACUUCUUCGUCAUCUGUACAUACCGUGAGCAAUUUCAGUUAGUAAGACUCGGUUGCGCCGAUCCUGCUCGACGUUCGGGGACCUCUUUGACGUCUGGUUUGAACUGGCAUUUCGGAGCGUUUGUGCUCUAGCGGCAUCGAGAUGAGAACCUCUUGACGUCAAAAGAAAUCAGUGCAGCCGAUCCUAUAUCGUUAGUCGAUAAGCCUAAGGCUAGAUUCUUAUAAUUUAUAUAAUAAUAGUAUAUUCGUAUAUGGAUGCAAUCCUUAAUAGAAGAACCCUUUAUAUAAAUUGUAGAUUGUACACCGGGAGAGAAAUCUGUGGUUUUAUGUUGCGAUAUGAUAUACACCGCAAGUUUCGUGUUAAAGACUUCCUUUCGCCGGGAUCCACGCCAAUGACGAUUCCGUCGGUCGCUAUAUUGUUUUAAGACUGCGUGCGAGUUCACGAUUUAAUUAGAUAACGUCGAAAAAAAGAACUCUGGGUUAAUUCGACGUUCUGGAAAGGACACUUGACCUGAAAGGAAUCUUGCUGGAUAACCGUGAAUUAAAUGUUCGAUUCGUGCGAUUACAGUGUAUUUCUAGGUUCGAGCCUUUGAGUGACCUGGGUCGGCAAUUAAUCAAUCUCGUCACAUCGUGAAUAUUUUUUCACGAAUGGUUCUUCGACGUGCUCAUUUUGACGAUGCGUCGAUAUAGGUGUAGCGAGUCCGAGAUAGACGAGCGUGCAUUCGAUGAAUAUAUUUCCUAAGAACGGAACGAUUUGCUUAAAAAGAAUUACCAUUUGGAUGCACUUGUACUGUCCCUGCUGUGAGCGAAACCUAUUAAUUGUAAGCCUUGAGGUCGGAAAGCAUACGAGAGAUCGAAGUAAGCUUGGAGAGACCCGUCCUCGGUAAUUUACGCGAUCCCUCGUCCUCCCGACUUCGACCGAAUCUUCGUAGGGUGUUAAAAUGGACAAAUGGUAACUGGGAUCGUUGGAAGCUAGGAUUAAUAUUUACUUUGUAGGUUGUAGCGUAAAAAACCUCUGUGGGAAAAAAGAUUAAUAAUAAAGAAGCCUAUCGUUUUGAAUUGCGCCAUUGUGUAAUCCGUGUGUCGCGAGGUGUAGUAUAAGGAGGGGUAAAUAGCAGUCGAGCGGAUUCUAGAAAACGCGUCCUGUUUGAGAAUUUGUCACGAGAAUUCCCAUGCGGUACGCCCGACGUGAUUUGUCGUUAGUUUACCUGAAAUGUCCUGUAAAUAUUUUGGAAGAUUCGUUUCUGUAUUGCCGGAGUAUUCGGUAUUCCUUCGAUCAUUGGAUAUCCGUUAAUAGAAAAUGUUGGAAACUGAUCAUUGUUGAUUCUAAAUCGUGUACGUUUUUCCAAAAAUUUUUAUCCAAAUUUAUGUAAAAAUGACUACGACGAAACAACCCGUAGUACAUAUGUAUACAUACGGAAAUGAGGGUUUGCCAAAUUGUCAAUGAGUAAUCGUAAGACUUUCAAUUAGCACAAAACCGCGGAUACGCCGAUUCUCUCAAGGCCCUUUGCGCGGCCUCAAGCUAGGACGGCUUUUUCUACGAAAUCAUUCGACAUUAACAUUAUACAUAUAUUCUUUUUAUAUAAUAGAGCCAUGUUACUAUUCAUAUUAAGUAUGUUUUUAUUUUUCGUGGAUUUCUCAAGGGCAAGGCUCGUCCGUGUUGCCUGCGAUUUUUCGAGUUCCGUUACGAAAAGCAGCCUAUCUUCUACAUAUUAUUUAGAUAUGCGAAGGAUAUCGGCAUCGAUCGAUUCGAAAGAUCGACAAAAUCUCGUUCGAUUAUUAUAAAUCAUGAAAUCUUACAUUUUUUCGUGUAUACUUUUGAGCUGCCUUAACAAGAUUAAUUUGUGUCCACUAUUUUUCGUUUUUAGUCUUACUUUUGCUAGGACAGUAACUUUUAUGAUGGCAACACGGACAAAUCGACUGCAAUUAAUGUAUGUACAUAUUGUGUUAAUAAUGAGAGGAAGAAAUCGCGGUUUACCUUGGCACCGAAAACUUUUAUAUCGAUCUAAAAUUAAUUUUUAAGGAUGGUAAAAUAAACCACGGAGUUCUGCAUUGUUCUGCUUGAAAUAUUCCCAAGAAACAUAUAUGGCAUAAGCAUAAUUAUUUUUGAGAAAAUAUCGACUCUCGAUUAGAAUGUACUAAAUCGAUAGAAUUUGUACUCGAUGUUUUCAUCAUUACUAGCUUCACUUAUUCAUGUGUAUGUUUCUGUGUUAAAUUUUAAGCAGAAUUGUUAGCAGUCUCCGCAUAUAAGACGAACGAUGACGAAAUCGUUGAUACCCUAUCGCUGUUUGCAAAAUUAUCUGUAUGCGUUGAUCUCCUCUCUGAAGUAAAGAGUUCGGCGACACCACUGCGUACCUACAAAUCAAGAAAUACAUAUUGCGUGAUAAACUAUUAUUUUUUUUAUUAUUAAUCAUUUUGCAAAUUUGUCGCGUGGGGAAAACUACCGAUGAAACUCGACACAUAACUUCCGGAAGUUGUAAUUCAUAUGACAUGGCGGAAAUAUAAAACAUCGUUUAUCGGUAGGAUUGUAUGGAUGGUUUUUUUUUCAUAUUUUCAACACACACUAACAAUAUUACUUUUUAAUUUCUACAGUGUGCACCACAUACACCAUUGUAACUAUGAGGUAAAAUAAAUAUACGACUAUUUACGUAACAGAUUAAUAUGUACAAUGGACAUACGUUUUUCGUUCUCUUUCUGAUCUUUAGGAUAGGCGAUUUUAAUAAACCUUAUUCAACG